AUGGCGCCGUACAUGGGAACCAUCUCCAAACCGGAGAACGCGUUGAAACGAGCGGAGGAACUCAUUAACGUUGGACAACCUUUAUCGGCGCUGCAAGCGUUGCACGAUGUCGUCACGUCUCGAAGACACCGAACGUGGUCGAAACCUUUGGAGGAAAUCAUGUUUAAAUACGUAGAAUUAUGCGUGGACUUGAAGAAAGGACGAUUGGCCAAAGAUGGGUUGAUUCAAUAUCGCAUAGCCUGUCAGCAAGUAAAUGUGCAGAGUUUGGAGGAAGUCCUGAAGAAGUUUCUGGAAUUGGCGACGAAGAAAGUGGAAGACGCAAUCGUCGCUGCCGGUGGUUCGACCGAUGAGUUGAUGCAAGUUGCGGAUUUAGAGUUAGAACACACUCCAGAGCAAGUCAUGUUGAAAGCGUACACGAUGACGCCAGAGGAGUUAGAAGCAGAAGACAACGUCGAGUCGCCAACGCCGUGGUUCAAGUUCCUUUGGGAAACGUACAGAAACUGCUUGGAAGUUUUGCGAAACAACAACAAAAUGGAAGCGUUGUAUCAGUUGGUGGCUAUCGAAGCUUUCAACUUUUGCGUCAAGUACAAGAGAAACUCGGAAUUUAGACGUUUGUGCGAAAACUUGCGCUCGCAUCUCAAUAAUCUUUUGAAAUACAAAGACCAACGCGAUCGACCGGAUUUGAAUUCAAGAGAAACGCAAGAUAUUUUGUUGGACAUUCGAUUUCAGCAACUCGAGGCGAGUUCGCAGUUGGGAAUGUGGAACGAAGCGUUUCGAUCGGUUGAAGACAUUCACGGGUUGAUGUUUCUCUUGAAGCGCUCGCCUCGACCGACGUUGAUGUCGUCUUAUUUUGCCGCGUUGACCAAGGUAUUUUUCGUUUCGCAAAACUACCUCUGCAACGCUUACGCGUGGAUUAAGUUGUAUAACUUAUCGAAAGGGUAUUUGAAAAACUUGACCGAUGAGGAUUUGAAGUCGUUAGCGUCUGCGGUUGUCUUGUCCGCCAUGUGCAUUCCGCCUUACGAGAAAACGCCCUUAGGAAAUAUUGAUGUGGGCGCGAGGCACGAACGAGACUCGAGAUUAGCCUCGUUAUUGGGAUAUCAAUUAGAAAGUAUGCAAGAAGCGAAGAAUAUCAUGUCCAGAGAAUUGAUCAUCAAAGAAAUCAAGCGCUCGGGAAUGGUUGAUAACUGUGCCGAGGAAGUGAGAGAUUUGUUCAAUAUCUUGGAAGACGGUUUUCAUCCGCUCGACUUGUGCCAAAAAGCCGAGUCGAAGUUGAAAGCUUUAGAGUCUGUCACAUUCAAACUCUCUGCUGAAGUCUCCGUGAAAUCCAUCGAAGUUUCCGAUUUCAUUCCGUUGUUGAAAACUUUGUCGGUUUUGCGAAUGUUCAAUCAGCAAUCGAAGGUGUACCGAACGUUGAAGCUCGAAAGAGCGAAGAGCUUGGUCCCAUUUCUUCCAUAUUACGAAGUUGAAUUGGCGCUUGUUCGAGCCGUGAAAUCAGGGUAUCUGUCCUUACGAAUCGAUCACCAACAACAGAUGAUUGUUUUUGUUGGCGAUGACAUCCAGGAAAAGUCCGUGGACGAUUAUCUCGUCCGAGUUGCGACGACACUUCGCGAUGCCUGCCGCGAGUUGACGCCGUCUACGACGGCGGCUUCUGAUUUGGACUCGAUGAAACGCAAGCGCAUAGAAAACGCGGAAGCGAUUCGAAGCGCGGUCGAACAAGAGCACAAGCGAGCUUUGGCGAGGAAAGUUAUCAUCGAAAGACGCAAGGAAGAAGCUGAACGUCUACUCGCGGAGCAAGAGAAGGAAGAAGAGGAAAGACGAUUGGCGGCGCAACGCGCUCACGAAGCGGCAGAAGCCAAACGCCUCGAAGUGGAAUCUCGUCAACGAGAAGAAAAACGCAUUCGCGCCGAAAUGGAGGAAAAAGAAAAGGAAGAGGCCUUGGCGUUGCUCGCGGAGCAAGAGAAGAAGAAAGGGAAGAAGAUUUCCAUCAAGUUGGAAGAAGGUCAAACUUUGGACAAGAGAAUUUUGAUGGAAACUGCCAUCAAAGAACAAAUUUCUGAACGUCAACAGAUGGAAAAGAAACUUUUGAAGGUCGCCAAAACCAUGGAUCACUUGGAAAGAGCUAAGAGAGAGGAGAUGGUGCCGUUGAUUGAGCAAGCGUACGAAGGGCGAAAAGUUGACGACGAAAAGUUUUUCCACGAACAGCAAAAGUUGAUAACCGUGAAAACAAAAGCAAAGUGGGAGCAAGAUAUUGUCGAAAAGAAGAGAUUGCAAAAGAUGACGGAGACUCAAGCUGCGUUCAAAUCUGCAAUCAUGUUAAGACGCGCGGAUGAAAUCGCCGCGGCGCAAGCCGAGCGAGAGCGCAAAUUAGAAGAGCAGAAGAAGCAACGCAAGGCUGAGCGCGAGAUCAAGCGUAGAAAGGCGUACAUACGUCGUCUUCAAGAAAUGGAAUUGGAGGCAAGAGAUGAAGCCGAAGCUUUGGAACGCAAGAAGGCCGAAGCUGAGCGUGAAGCUGAGGAAGCGCGAAGACCGUCGAGCAGAGGCGGCGGGGAUUCGGACAGAGGAAGUGGAUUCGUUCCGCCACAUCUUCGCGACCGAGGUGAUCGACGUGACGGCAGAGACGACCGAGAUGACCGCUCCGGCGGAAGUCGAUGGGGUAGAGGCGGCGGUAGAGAUGACGAUAGACCUCCGAGUCGGGGAACCGACCGAUACGAACCUAGAAGAGGAGGAUUUGGUGAUCGCGACGAUAGGCCGCCGAGCCGAGGAGACGAUAGAUGGGGCGGCGAUAGACGAAGAGACGAUCGCCCACCAAGUCGUGGCGUAGGUGGUGACAGAAGGGAUGACAGAAGGGAUGACAGAAGAGAUGACAGAAGAGAUGACAGAAGGGAUGAUAGAAGGCCACCGCCAUCGCGCGAUGAGGGGAAGUCGAGAUGGUAA